AUGGAAGUGGAAACAUUUUUCGACUCUUGGUAUAAGUUGUACACUUCCGUCAAGUCGUACAACUUUUUCAAAGGUAGAAAGAUAUUCCCUCCACAUUUUUUCGCGAUUUCACAAUGAGUUUAUUCAGUUUCCUCGAUUUUUCUCGACUUUUCGACAAACUCUCAAGUCGAUCAGUCUUUCUUUCUUGUCAAAGUUCACGAAGAACAGCGUGACACUCUAAAAUUCCCCAAAGUGUUGUUAAUGCUCGAGAUCCUUGGACUUCCCGUCAAAACGUUUGAAAAGGUAAGUGUACCGGGUAGGUUCCACAAAUGGCACAUUCGUUUUCAGAGAAAAGUAUGAACAAUAUACAUAAAUUCAUACAAAAACGCUUCUACCUGCGUACACGUCACGCGCAUCCGUUCGGCAUCGUUCUCGACAUUGACGGCGUGCUGUUUCGCGGCCGAAAUCUGUUGCCACGUGUCAAAGAGGCGUUCAACUUGAUCACCGACAAGAAGGGCAGCUUCGUCGUGCCCACCGUGUUUCUGACGAACGGAACGAACAGCACGGAGAAGAGCAAGGCGGCGCAGCUCAGCGAGCAGCUCGGCUUCCGCAUCCCCGCCGAAAACGUGCUAAUGUCGCACAGUCCGCUGCGCAUGUUCACCGAUUUGCACGAAAAGCAGGUGCUCGUCGUCGGGCAGAGGAACGCGAGAGCCAUCGCGCGAGGCGUCGGCUUCAAGAAGAUCACCACCAUCGAUCAUCUCGUCCAAUGGUUUCCGCACCUGGAUUGCACGGAUUUCUCGCGCAAGACCGUCGAUCCCAAGGAUACGGAGGCGGCGCGUCAGCGAUUUCGACCCAUCGAGGCGAUUGUGAUGCUCGGCGAGCCGUUGAAGUGGGAGACAUCGCUGCAAUUGAUGUUGGAUUGUGUUCUCACCUAUGGAAGUCAGUUGUCUCCCCCCGAUGCCGCGUCCAAAGUCUCGGAAACCCCGCCAAUCUCGCGGAGUUUGCAGUCCAAAGUCGGCAGAAAUUUGCGGGAAAUCCGGGGCGCGCACAGCUGAACGAGUGUUACCGUACACCAUAAAACUACGGUAUUUUUUUUGAAAAUUUAUCCAAGAAAUUUGAAAAAAAUUUAAAAUAUUCUCGAGAAAUUUAAUUUUUUUCAAAAAAAUACCGUUGAAAAAUUUACCCAAGAAAUUUGAAAAAUUUUCAAAUAUUCUCGAGAAAUUUAAAUUUUUUUCAAAAAAAUACCGUUGAAAAAUUUACCCAAGAAAUUUGAAAAAAAUUUCAAAUAUUCUCGAAGAAUUUAAAUUUUUUUCAAAAAAAUACCGUUGAAAAUUUACCCAAGAAAUUUGAAAAAAAUUUCAAAUAUUCUCGAAGAAUUUAAAUUUUUUUCAAAAAAAUACCGUUGAAAAUUUACCCAAGAAAUUUGAAAAAUUUUCAAAUAUUCUCGAAGAAUUUAAAUUUUUUUCAAAAAAAUACCGUUGAAAAAUUCACCCAAGAAAUUUUAAAAAAAAUUUCAAAUAUUCUCGAGAAAUUUACAUUUUUUUCAAAAAAAUAACGUUUUGAAAUUUCUUGGGUAAAUUUUCAACGGUAUUUUUUUUGAAAAAAAUUUAAAUUUCUCAAGAAUAUUUGAAAAAUUUUCAAAUUUCUUGGGUAAAUUUUCAAAAAAUACCGUAGUUUUAUCGUGUACGGUAACACUCGUUCAGCUGUGCGCACCCCGGAUUUCCCGCAAAUUUCUGCCGACUUUGGAGUGCAAAAUCCGCGAGAUUUGCGCGUUUUCCGAGACUUUGGACGCGCGGCAUGAAACUAAGAGAUCGCGUACCCGUUUUUUCAGAAAUGGACUCGAUGUCGAUGCCGCUGCUCGCCGGCCGUCGUCCCGAUCACAUUCCGAUCGUCGCGUGCAACGUGGAUCUUGUGUGGAUGGCCGACGUGGCGUCACAACUUCCGCGCAUCGGACACGGCGUCUUUAUUCAUAUUCUCGAUUCGUUGUACGAGAAGUUGACCGGCAAUCAUUUGCAGUUUCGCGCCGUGCUCGGCAAGCCCACAGAGGUUCGGAUUCCAGAAAUUGAGACAAAUGAGAGCAAUUUCAGGUGAGCUACUUGCACGCGUCGCACAAAAUCCAACGCCAAGCGCGCGCGAUGAACCUCGACGACGUCAAGUACGUCUACGUCAUCGGGUACGCGUUUUUGAGGUUUCCAAACGAAUUUAUAUGGAGGUUUAGCGAUAAUCCAAUGUCGGAUGUGCUCGGUGCGCGUCUUUUCGAUCGGUACUUGCGUCACGGAGGCGUCGGCCGGUUCGAUCACCUCGAUUUGGAGGCGUUCGAGGAGGACGACGGCGAGAAACCGAGAGUUCGCACGCGGAAUGUCGUCGAGCGAUGCAUUUCGAUUCUCGUCGAGACUGGCGUUUAUCAAGGUGGAUUUUCACGAAAAAGAAAACGGUUUUCUUACCAGAAAAGAACUCUUCUCGUUUAGAAAACGUGCACAUGAACGGUGUGGUCAAGCCGAUUUCGGCGCUCAUCGACAAUCUUUCGAAAGGCGAGCAGUUGAAGCUGAAUCAGCCGGAUUUCGUCGAGUACGAUUUGCACGCCGCGAUUCGGACUAUAUUGAGAAGAGAGUGUUAUCGUUGA